AUUUCUAUUUAUUCUACCCCUGUGCCGCCUUUAAGAAAGCUUUAUUGAAGAUUGUAGACCUGCAUCCCCUGUACCAAGACGCAUUCCUCUACACUCCCAUUACCAAGUCAUAGUUCUUUCUCAAUGCCUGUUCGGUUCGCACGUCACUCUGAAGUCGACGUUCUCAUUAUUGGCGCUGGCCCUGCUGGUCUCAUGUGCGCGAAUGCCCUCGCAAAUGCGAGAGUGAAUGUCCGCAUCGUCGACCAAAGGGCCUUCAAGAUAACUGCCGGUUAUGGGGAUGGAAUUUCACCUCGCACUAUUGAACUGUUGCAGAGUUAUGGACUUGCAGAGCGCCUUUUAAAGGAGUGUUCCCAAAUCCAUCUAGCGGCAUUCUACAACCCUUCUUCGACCGGUGGCAUAGAGCUUACCAAAAGAACAUCAAACAUAACAGCUCCGUCUGCAAGAUACCCAUUCGAGGCUGCGCUCCAUCAAGGAGCCAUUCAAGACAUUUUCUUAGAUUCCAUGUCAUCGCUUGGCGUUGAGGUCGAACGAUCGACCAUGCCGACUUCGAUAGAGCUCUCUAAGAAUGAAGACGAAUUGACGGAUCCUACGUCAUAUCCAGUUCGCGUUGUGCUCCAAAGACUAGACCAAUCCGAGGAUGAACAAGAAGAAAUUGUCCACGCUAAAUUUGUUAUUGGUGGUGACGGCGCUCACUCAUGGACCCGCAAACAGUUCGAUAUCACGAUGGAUGGAGAACAAUCUGAUGCCAUCUGGGGUGUCGUGGACUUUGUGCCCGAUACUGACUUCCCGGAUAUCAGGAAUAAGUGUCUAGCACAAUCUAACUAUGGCUCGAUGUUUCUCCUUCCUCGGGAAGAGGAUCGCGUUCGCGCAUAUGUCCAACUGGAAGACAGAGAUGUCAUCAAUCCAGUGACAGGCAGGGUGGACAAGGAUAGAAUGGGUCCAGAGGAAAUUCUUCAAACUGCCCAGAAAUCGCUCAAACCUUACAAGCUUACCCGGAAGAGUGAGUUUUUGUGGUGGACGAUAUAUAGCGUUGGACAACGAGUGGCCUCGAAGUUUUCUAUCAAAAACAGAAUAUUUGUCGCUGGUGAUGCUUGCCACACGCACUCUCCGAAAGCAGGUAAGCGUCCUAAAUUUAGCCCCUUCCCCGGUCUGGUUACAAUGGAACUUCCAGGACAAGGAAUGAACGCGAGUAUCAACGAUAGUCACAAUCUAGCUUGGAAAGUUGCCCAAGUUAUCCGUGGGUGGGCAGACAUGUCCCUUUUGUCAACGUACGAAUCAGAGCGCCGUAAAUUCGCAUUAGAACUGAUCGCGUUUGAUAAAAUGUGGUCCACCCUUGUGUGCGAGAAGCCCUUGACUGAGCAGAACAGCGAUGGGGUUUCGUCCGAACAUGUCUUGAAGACUUUCCAAACAGAUUUCACCAGUGGAAUUGGGAUACAUUAUCACCCUUCAGUUGUAGUAAAUGACACAUACCAGGAGCUGGCUAGUGGUCUCGUCCUCGGCAAACGCGUCCCUCCAUACAAAUUCAUGCGGGCAGCAGACGGACGGCCAUUCGAGCUCCAGGACCUACUUCCUUCAGACUCCCUCUUCAAGUUACUUGUGUUCACUGGUGAAUUCAGCGAUCCGCUUCAGCAAGCGAGGGUCGAGUCUAUGGUUGCGGACCUGCAGAAACCUCAGAGCUUCCUGAACCGUUACGCGACCCCUGGGGACUCGCGAUUCGACGUCAUCACGAUCAGCAAAGACCGGAAGGACAAGUUUGACUUCUUGCAGCUUCCUACGCUUCUUCGCUCUCAUUGGUCGAAGGCGUUUGUCGAUGACACCGAUCCCACUGGUAGCUUUGGGGGAGAGGGUUAUUCGUAUUUUGGAGUGGGAUCUGAAGGUGCACUGGUUGCUGUUCGCCCUGAUGGCUAUGUUGGAGCUAUCGCGCCACUGGAUCGCGCUGAGGUCCUUGAUGCGUAUUUCGCGUCUUUCAUGAAGAUUCCCGCUUAGGCUUAACAGCGAAUAUUGUUCCAAUACUGCUUCGCUAUUUCAACACAGCGCUAGUUCUUAGGAUGUAAUUCUUUCGGUACAUAAUACCCUCACAUCAUACUUAUUCACGCACGGACUAUUCUUCAUGCUUUUCUGGAGAUAAGCCACCGACGUAAAGGCCUUGGCAAUUCACAUUUUUGAAACAUA